UUUAAGGGCAAAUUGCAAUGAAAUGCAAUGUGAAGUAAAAUUUCAGUUUCCUUUAUUUACAAUUUUUCAAAAUGUAUAAAGGAUUUACACGAAUAUUCACUAACACUGAACGUUUACAAAAUUGUGUUUCUCCUUUUCUUAGAAAUAACGUUCUGUGUGCCCGUAAAAAUGAAUUAGGUGGUAUAGGUUAUAUUUUUAUGAGAACCAAGAAACAUGAUCGAGGGAAUCCGUCUGCCCUUUUUACUCCAGUACCCGUUAAGCCGAAUCCUGAUGACAUAAAUAUAGGAGAAGAAUUUACAGGCCGUUUGAAGAAGCAGGACUUGCUAAAGAUUUUAAACAGAUUUUACCAGAAACCGGAGAUACGUGUAUUGGCAUCUGAUAACGGAUUAGACGACCAGUUGUUACAUCAGGCAUUUUUGUCCUUUAGAAGACAUUGUUUAGAACACGAUUUGCCCCCAGAUUUACAUAUAACUAUUAGCGAUAUUUUACAAGGUGCUGGACAUGUUGACGACUUGUUUCCAUAUUUUCUCCGUCAUGCAAGAUUAGCAUUCCCUCAUUUAGAUUGUUUGGAUGACUUAAAGAAAAUAUCAGAUUUAAGAACACCAGCCAAUUGGUAUACUCAGGCUCGUAGUAUGAACAGAAAAAUUAUAUUCCAUGCAGGGCCUACAAAUUCUGGAAAAACAUACCAUGCUAUGGAAAGGUUUUUAACUGCCAAAUCAGGAGUUUAUUGUGGCCCUUUGAAAUUAUUAGCAACUGAAAUUUAUCAUAAAUCGAAUAAAAAGGGUACCCCAUGUGAUCUAAUCACAGGAGAGGAGAGAAGGCAUGCAUCUCAAUAUAAUAUGAUUGACAAUUUAGAAGAUACAAACAAUAUACAUGAGAAUGAUGAGAAUAAAUCUUUAAUUCAGGAUGAAUCUGAAUUAACACCGUCUAGUCACACUGCCUGUACAGUUGAAAUGACAUCACUCAAUCAUAUUUAUGAGGUUGCUAUUAUAGAUGAAAUUCAAAUGAUUGGUGACAGAGGCAGAGGGUGGGCUUGGACAAGAGCUAUAUUAGGUCUUCAAGCGGAAGAAAUUCAUUUAUGUGGUGAAGCUGGAGCUAUAAACCUUGUAGAAGAAAUUUGUAACACCACAGGCGUAGAAAUGGAGGUAAAAACAUACAAAAGACUGACGCAACUGAAAGUUGAAGAUUCUGCACUUGGUUCCCUAGAUAAUGUAAAGCCCGGAGAUUGUAUAGUUUGUUUUAAUAAAAAUGACAUUUACAGUGUAAGUCGAGCUAUAGAACAGAGGGGUCACGAAGUAGCUGUUAUAUAUGGUAGUUUACCGCCUGGAACUAAAUUAGCACAGGCCAAUAAGUUUAAUGACCCUGAAAGUUCCUGCAAAGUGAUGGUUGCUACAGAUGCCAUUGGUCUUGGUAUUAAUUUGAGCAUCCGCAGAGUAAUUUUCUACUCAUUGAUUAAACCUAUAGUUAAUGAGGAUGGUGACAAAGAAAUGGAUGUCAUUAGUAUAUCGCAAGCUUUACAAAUUGCAGGUCGAGCGGGCCGAUACGGCAGCGCUUGGGAGACUGGCUAUGUUACAACCUUUAAAUCUGAAGAUCUGGCAACCCUCAAGACAUUGCUGUCAAAAUCACCUGACCCUGUGUUACAAGCUGGUUUGCAUCCCACAGCAGAACAAAUGGAGUUGUAUGCAUACCAUUUGCCACACGCUAGUCUUAGUAGCCUUAUGGAUAUAUUUGUUCACUUAUGCACAGUGGAUGACUCGCUAUACUUCAUGUGUAAUACCGAAGCAUUCAAAUUUCUGGCCGAGAUGAUUCAGCACGUGCCGUUGCCGUUGCGGGCCCGUUACGUAUUCUGUUGCGCACCCAUCAAUAACAAGCUGCCGUUCGUUUGCGCGACCUUCCUUAAGAUGGUGCGACAGUACAGUCGUAACGAGCCAAUCACUAAGAAUUGGAUAAGUAACGCGGUGGAGUGGCCGAUGCCUGCGCCGAAGACUAUCAUGGAUCUGGUACAUCUCGAGUCAGUGUUCGACGUGCUCGAGUUGUAUUUGUGGUUGAGUUACCGGUUUUCGGAUAUGUUCCCGGAUAUAAAGUUGGUGCGCGAUAUGGAGACUGAAUUAGAUGCUAUCAUUCAACAAGGAAUAUUCCAAAUAACCAGGUUAUUGCGUAAUUCAGAACAAGCAUUCCGAGAAGAUCCCGAUACUGCAGAGUCAAGUGUGAAUAAGAAGACUCUAAAAUAUAUGCAGACCAGAGGUGAUGACUCUAAGGGCAAAUUGUCCGAAAUGCUCGUUGCCAGGGGCUUAAUAACACCACAAAUGUUGAAGAAAUUACAACAAGAACUGUCCACGGACACAAAAGCAGACAGAAGUAAAAAGAAAAUCAAUAGAAAUAGAAGGAAAUGAUAUAAAUAGUGUAAAUUAUCAUACAGGGUAUUCGAUGUGGAUGGUGUAGAAACUAUACUUGCAUUAGAAAACGAGAAGGUUAAUAUUGAAUGCAAGACCAAUGUGCCCAUAUCGUAUUGUGGAUUUGUGCAUCCUAGUGGUACAAGAUAUUCCUUUAAAGGCGCUGAACUUCAAUUGGGACGUUGCUCAACUAAAAUAAGUGUAACUAAUAAAGAUAUUGGCGAAUGGAAAUGUCAUAUAGGCAAAACAGCCAUUGGCGUGGAAAUGACGAAGAAGAUAUUAGUAAGAAUAGUGAACCGAGUGGCCGCCAUAAAGCAAAAUAUAACAGUGUUCCACGGAAGAGAAGUAACCUUGCAAUGUGCUACAACUGAGGGAAUGAGAUCAUUGGUAUAUUGCCGCUUCGAGCCUCCGAAUGGGGUUGCCUUCAGUAUUAAUUCAGCUGUUAAUAUUUCUAAUGCAAUUCUGGGUAAAUAUUACUAUCCACUAAACAGAAGUAUCGACCGUGGAGACUGCGCAGUAACUAUACGAAAAGUGAAGUAUGAGGAUGUGGGUCCGUGGACCUGUGGAGCCGGGCUUGACGAUGGCAAAGAGUACAUUGACACCAUCACGCUCGAGGUGAAAGGACUGUAUACACUGUCAACAGCAUCGGUGACUGGCAUCGUAUUUGGAGCUGUAGUGAUCGCCGUGAUUCUCUGCUUGCUUGGAAUCCUCGCGUGGAAGAAGAGGAGGUUCUUGGGCAGCCCUCCCCGCGAAGAGUCGAUUGAGGUGCAGGAGAUUGGCUCGAGACGGGUGUCCCCGCAGAGAACACCGCAACGGUCUCCGCAGUCGGUACAGAGAUUACCUCGUGUUACUGUCCAGUCACCUUCUGAGCCUGCGUCGUCACCGUCACAGGAUUAAAAAGUAUUCAAAUACCUGAAGUAUAGUGUAAAUACAACCACAGUAUAUGAACCCACUGAAUAAUUGACUUAUUGAAUGUUGUGUGGUUUUUUAAUUAAUGUAUGUAUAUUAUUAUGUUUUAAUUUAGAUAAAUGGAGCUUAUA